AUGUGGAAGCAAAGACAAAAACAGCCUUGGACGUUCUCCCAGGGCAACCGUCAACCCCCUGCAGGGACGUUUGCCUCCUGCCCCAGCAGAAACGGUCGCUCUGGAAGCUUGGGCUGCAGGCGCCCCUGUGGUCCCCCAGCCCUCCGACACCCACGCCCCGCCGGCUUUCGAGUGGACUCAGGCGGGCCAGGAAGCCAAGGGCCUGGGCUAGCCAUGUCCGGAUCAGCAGCAGGGCGCCAGGGGGAGCAAGAGGAAACCUCCUCAGAGGAAGUGGAGCUCGAGGCCGCGCAGGCCCAACCAGUUAGGGGCAUAAAGGCUAAGGAGGCCUGGGAGGCCUGGGAGAAAAGGAGAAACCCUCCCUAUCUGCUCCCAGCGACCCUGAUAAAGUUCCAAAGUGUUCGGAAAAAGAGAACAGUGAAGCGCACCGCUCCCGAGAAGACGCCAGAAGGGAAUGGCAGUUUGGAGGGGCGCUGUGGUUGGGGCUGCGUAGCCAUCCCCUACUGUCAGCGUUUUAAUAACAUUCACUGCUUCAUGGUUUUCUACUGCAUCCUGCACGUGUCUCAAGGUCUUGUGUUUGGUCUUACACAUGUGAGCAUUGAUGAUUUUCAGAAGGAGUACACUCUGAAAAGAAUUUACAAUUUCGUAUUGAUUUCCAGUUAUGAUAUUUCAUCUGGCCUGGUAGCAAUAUUUGUAGCAUUCUAUGGAGAGAGAAAAAAAAUAAAAUGGAUUGCAUUUUCUUCCUUUUUAAUAGGAUUUGGAUCACUUUUGUGUGCUUUUCCAUCUGUUAAUGAUAGAAAUUAUAAAUUGAAGGUAGAAAUUGAAGAUAUUUGUCUAGCGACGAAGCCUAUCAGUGAUUGUCCAAAAAGCAAAUCACCAUUCAUAUCAAAAUACCUAUCUUUCGUCAUCCUUGGACAGACUGUGCAGGGAAUAGCAGGAAUGCCUCUUUAUAUCCUUGGAACAACCUUUCUCGAUGAGAGCGUUACCACACACUCCGCUGGUACCUACUUAGGUAUUGCAGAUGCUUUGUCAGUGCUUGGAUAUGCUUUAGGUUAUGUGAUGGGAGCACCACUGGUUAAGGCCCCUGAGACUUAUACGUCUGAGAAAAGCACUAAAGACAAUAAUGCUAAUCAACAAUGGAUAUGGACUUGGUGGACUAGUUUUCUCAUUACCUCUCUUAUUGCAUGGUCUACAUUAAUACCAUUGUCAUGCUUUCCAGACAAUUUUCCAGGUACAACGAAGAUAAAAGCUAGGAAGCGUAAACAGCUUCGUUUGUUUGACCGCAAAUUUAAAGAUCGAGCGUUUGGAACUAGUAUCAAGGAUUUAUGUGCUGCUACUUGGAUUCUGAUGAAGAAUCCAGUGUUCAUAUGCCUAGCUCUGUCAAAAGCUACAGAAUCUUUACUUAAUAUUGGAGCUUCUGAAUUUUUGCCAAUAUAUAUAGAGAAUCAGUUUAUGAUAACACCCAGUUUGUCCACUAUUCUUGCAGGACUUGUUUUAUUUCCAGGAAGUGUAUUUGGCCACCUUCUGGGAGGUGUCAUUGUUUCCAUGUUAAAAAUGUCUUGUAAAGCCCUUAUGAGAUUUAUAAUGAUUACAUCUACUAUAUCACUUAUACCACUGGGGUUCACAAUUUUUAUACACUGUAAUCCAGUACAGUUUGCUGGGAUCAAUGAAAAUUAUGAUGGAACAGGCCAGUUGGGAAACCUCAUAGCUCCUUGCAAUGCGCAGUGUAGAUGCUCAUCUUCAUUUCAUUCUUCUAUUUGUGGAAGAGAUGAUAUUGAAUACUUUUCUCCCUGCUUUGCAGGUUGUACAUAUCAUAAAAUAUCACACAAACGAAAGAUGUACUACAAUUGUUCUUGCAUUAAAGCGGGAUUAAUAACCACAGAUGAAGACGGUGCAUUUAUUGAUGCCAGACCUGGAAAAUGUGAUGCGAAGUGUUAUAAAUUACCUUUGUUCAUUGCUUUUAUGUUUUCUACCCUUGUAUUUUCUGGUUUUUCUGGUAUACCAGUCACCUUAGCCAUCAUUCGGACUGUACCUGACAAACUGCGUUCUCUGGCCUUGGGUAUAAGCUACGUGAUUUUAAGAAUGUUUGGGAGUAUUCCUGGACCAUUAAUCUUUAGAAUGAUAGGAGAAACUUCUUGUACUUUCCGUGAUAGUAAUCAAUGUGGACGCACCGGACGUUGCUGGAUCCAUAACAAAACAAAUAUGGCCUACCUAUUGGUAGGGAUAUGUGUUCUUUGCAAAGUCUGCACUAUCACCUUCACUGCUAUUGCAUUUUUACAAUACAAACAGCUUAUUAAAAAAAGUAUUGCAACCCCAGAAGUAUCUGUGAAGAAUCUGAAAAUUAAAAAAAAAGGAAAGAACUGA